AUGGGAUUAUUUUCGAAGCUCCGGAGCAAGGACAAGGAGGGGGGUGGAGUGGCUGCGCCUAGGUCAAAGAAGAAGGCUAAUACCCAAGCAAAUGGCGCCGUCGUUCCUGUCCCACCGCCAAAACCACUCUGGGGAGGGGAUGCUUGGACACGAAAGGAGGUGGAACCGGAAGAAAUACAGGAAUUAUUGAGGGGUUGCACAAAUGAACUGAAGUCAAGAGCCUUGGAUAUGCCGUUCCUCCUCUUACCGUUCCGACCAGCAUCGGAUCCCAGCGCAGCACGCACAUUCAUCCGGAACUUCUUCAGCAUGGAAAGGGGUACCGAUCUAAAAGGAGAGCGCUUGGACCAAGAAUUGAUGUUAACGGAACCGAUGGUCCUCAGCAGUGUCAUGAAAUGGUGUUGGAGCAGAUUGGCUGGUGGAGUGGUAACCUGGGAUGCAUACGAGCUUUUCAAAGUUGGAGAGCAAGAUUCUGAUAUGGCUCGGGAUGCCUUCGCCACCUUCAUGCCUCUCAGCGUUGAGUCCGACGCACGAACAAAGAUCAUAUUCGACUUCUUCGACCUGAUGGCUGCCAUAGCGGCUCAUGGCAAGACGAAUGGCAUGGGCGGUCGAAAGCUGUCAAGGUUAGCCGGCUGGUGGGCUUUCGAACAGAUUGAUGCAGGCAAUGGCUUUGAUGGAGGCUACAAGUCUUGGUCAAGCGCCGCUGAUGCUACGAGCCAUUUGUUCUUCGCAUACCUGCGUUCACUCUCUCCCGACUCUGUUCGAGGUUUUAACGGGAUAUCAACAUUGCCACUGUCUCUGCAAACUCUGGUACGGGACACCCAGUAUCCACCAGCAUACCCGCCAUUCGAAGCUACGGCAAAAGUGGUCAUGGUCGUCAACUCUGUCUCACCAACUCCCUUUGCUUUGCUACGUCGUGCCAAGCAUUUCGAAUAUCGAGACGACGAUCAAGUAUUACAACAGUUUUCGGACUUUCAAGACCCUGUACAGGCUUUGACUGACGAGUGUCGACGGGUAUUGAAGAGCAUCUCUUCGGCUAACCAGUCAGCCGUAUCAAACACCAAAGCUUCAACGAGUCUCGGCGAUGCAUCUUGGUCACGGUUUGAGGACAUUGGAUUUACCGGGCUUGGAGAACACGAUGAUGAUGACGAGCCGGACUCUGCUCUUGGAAAAAAGCGGAGAAUACAACACGCAAUGAAGUCGGCACCGCAGUCCAGGAGCAAUGAUUGCGGCCGGCCCACUACCCCUUCCUGGGCUGACUUCCUUUCAUCCGGAUUUGUUGAAGAAUCCACCAGUCCAGCACAGGCUCAGUUGUUCCUUCCCCCAGACAAGAUUCUACCACCAAUUGACCUAGAUGGGAGAGCAAAAAGCUCGCAAUCGCACAAACCUGCCCCAAGCGAACUUGAGCCUGGCGAGCUUGCAAGCAUCAACGCCAUAGAUCUGGACGAUGCCUUUUGGUGGGUCUGGAUUACGAGUCUUGCGGGCGAGGAGACCACCGGACGAAAGUCCGUCUUCGGGAGGUGUGCUUUGAUCGAGACUAAUAUUCACGGAGGCACCUGGCUGGUCAUUGAGGAGAUGGUCAAAGGCGCGGCUCCUGAACCGGAAGUAGGGGCUUAUAUUGCCGAAAAGAAAGGUCGCUUUACGUUUGGCAGCAGGAUGAGAACUAUGUCGAGGACAAAAACAUUGGGAAGGAAGACUCCUACACCUAAAGUAGAUACUUUCUCACGGAGCAACCAAUCAUUACCAACGGUCAAGACGAAUAUUGGACCUGAUCAGCAUGCGAGAAUACAAGCUGCUGCUGCCGUUUUACAGCAAAAGCAAAAGCAGCAAGAAGCUGGCCAAGACCCAAUCAAAGCAAGCCCUCGUAGAGGUCGGGGGGGCGAUGGAAUUUCGACCAAGACUAACAGUGUCUUCACGUUACAGCCUGUCAUCAUGAGCGAAGCCGGACCUGCAAUGAAGUGGGCUAACACCUACGAUAAGAAGGCGAUCCGCGCUGAGUAUCUGGGAAACAACUUUGCGGGUAGAGGCUCUGCGACAGAUGUUAGUGCCCCUGGUGGUAACACUGUCGAAGCGGACGCGUCUGCGACGCCACAACCACCAAAAGCUAAGGAGGCACCAAAACAUGAAUACGGUUUUCCAAAGCAACAAGAGCAGUCCAAAGAGCUUCCUAGAUCUGAUUCUGGUAUUGAUACGGACAGAAGUCUUCCGCCACUACCGGCCGCGACGCCAAGUGAAGCAACUCUGCAAGCGCAAAGCAGUGCUCCGCCACCUGUAUUUAUUCCACCAGCGCCUUUACCUCUGGCGGAUCAGAUGCCUUCAGGACCGCCUCCGCCAGCGCCGUUGCCGAUAGAACCUGAAGCAAGGCCUGCAAAUGCACUCGCAGCUGAUGCCGCAGAGGUACCAUUACCUGCCACUACUCCUAUGGAGCCCAGUGAAAAGGCGCUGCUUCCCGUACAGGGCGAAGACCUCGAGCCAACGCGGACAAUCACUGGUUCUCAGCCUAACGGUUUGACGCCUAUUAGUUCGCCAGAGAGCGGAAAGGAUGGCAAAAGCGUUAGGAAACAGCAAGGAGGUUUCAAGGGCUUCUUCGGCAAAAAGAAAGGACCGACCUUACCUGCGACACCACUGCCUGCAGAUAGCGCUGCCGUUGCGGCUGCUCGCGCUGCGUAUGUUGGCCCUCAGAUGAAACCAAACUAUAUGGCUUCUAGUUCUUCAACCUCGCUCAGCCGUCGCUUCUCUGGCAUUGGAAGAAAGAAGGUGCCACCCCCCCCUAUGCCAACCUCUCCGCCUAUUGCGGAUGCAGAGGAGUCACUUGCAGCGACGCCGGCGCCAUUCAAGGAUACAUAUGAAUCUCAAGCUAGCCUGAGUGGUGUCGAUAGCAACGAAGAUCAUGCCACCAAUCGAAGGUUUCACACUUUCGAUCAAGGUCCCUUGGAUCAGCCGGCUUUCGUGCCUGCUGACGAUGUUCAUAACUCCCCACGGGCGUCUUUCGUACAAGAAGACUCCACCGACGGUCCAUCUCGAUUGUCUAAAGCUGAUGCAGGUGCGCAUUAUCCGCGGCCAAUCGGACGUGGCGAGUAUGAGCCGUCGAUAUCUUCGGAAGAGCGGCCACCUUCGUCGCCGAUGCCGAUGCCGAUGUCAAUGCCAGUGCCAGAGCAUCCCACGCAGAUGGAUCGCUGGGCGCAGAUACGGAAGAAUGCGGCUGAGAGAGCAGGGAGGAUAAGCGAGGAGAAGAAUCCAAGAGUGAGUCAAGAUAAGACGGAGGAUGGAGAGGAGAGUGGGGAGGAGACCAUUGAAUCGCGAGUUGCGCGAAUCAAAGCGAGAGUGGCAGAGUUGACGGGGAAUAUGCAGUCCGAAUCGAGUCGGCCACGUGACUAA